UUGUUUGUAAACCGACGAUCCUGAUCUGGAUGCGCCGGGCGUGUAAACACAAACAACUCUCAGAAAACAACACCCACUUUUCACCUCAGAGCCGAUCGUUUCAGGCGCGGAUUUUUCCCGAUAAAGCAGGAUGUAUCAAACGAAUCUCAAUCCGAUUACCACGCUCAACAGUACCAAAGUGUUUCCGUCGAUUUCGCAGCCGAAGAUCGUGGGAUGCUUCAGCGUCGGCCCCAGUAGGGAGUUCAUCGCUUCCGGUGAGAAUUUGAAGUACCUUAAUCUCCCCAGCAGCAGCGAGACCGACAAGCAGCUGCAACUGGAUCUGAACGAGGGAUUCGAGAUCCGGGUGCCCAAGCCGGACAGUGCCAAGGAGGAACGGAUUGACCAUUUGCUGCGGUUUAUCGUUGGGAAUUUAGGCCAGCUGCGUGAGCGAAGCCCAUCAGAAUGCAUCGAUGUGGAAGGACGCGGGUCGAAGGUCUUGAGCUGCGAUUUUGUCUGCUUCCGGGGGCUGCUGCGGAUGGUGAUGUGUACCCCGUACGAACGGAAGACCAAUUGGAUCGUUUUGGCUACCCGGUACAGGGGCACGAUUUAUCUCUGUGCCAAAGAUACGACCGAGAAGCUGCAGGAGGAAGCGAACCAGACCGAGCAGCAGAAGCGGUUCUGCUACUACGGGUUCAAGUUCGAGCAGCACGUUUUGACUGAUGAUCUCCACCACCGCCCAGACACCUCCGCCCCCGUCCAGGAAGCGGAAGAAUUCUGCGCACUUUUCAGCACUACCCUCGAGGGAAAAAGGCUCCUGUAUGGAGCGGAAAUGGACGGCAUCGUCAGCAGGGACCCGAUCGAUAAAUCCAACCUACCACCGGACCUGCUCAAUCGCCUGGAAUUUGUCGAGGUGAAGGUAAAGCGACGCGAAACCAAUCAACGCCAGGUGGACAAUUUCCAUCGGUUCAAAACACGGAACUGGUGGUGCCAAAGCUUCCUGGUGAAUAUUGGGAAGAUUUUCGUCGGACUGCGCGACGACCGGGGGAUUGUGGACGAAAUCCGGGAGAUGAACCUGAAGGAGCUCGAUCGGGACUCCCGGCAGUUUUGGUCGGCGUCGGUUUGCGUGAACUUCGGUUCGCAGUUCCUGGCCCAAGUCACCGAAGUUAUGCGCGGAGCGGACUGCAGGGACACGGUCUACCGAUUCGAGCACGAUGCGAACAAGUUUGGAAAUAUAUUCUACAGUGUCUAUGAGGGACGGAACGAGGAAUCCUUUCUCCCCGAUUGGUACUGUGCUGUGGUGAAGUAAGUCGGAA